UUGAGAAGCUUCCGACGCACAUCAGAGGUAGGAUGCUUUGGGAACUGGACCUUCCGCUCACACCGAACCGAUAGGGACGAGGCGUCUGAUUCAGGAGACUCCGAAGACGAGGAGGCAGCCGAACUCUCAGAUGACGAGGGGUUCUGGAAUAUGUCCCGUCGUGCAGACGCCCAACAACUGGAACCUGUCCAGUUAGAGCCAAGUCAGACUUUGGCAAACCGCGCACGAGGCGUGCUGGAUGAUAUUACAACAUCAGCCAUAAAUCACCUAUCCAACUUCUCAAGCACCCAGCCGAGAGAGCUCAUUUUCGACGACGAGAAUGUCGUCGUGGUCUAUGAUUACGACGAAGAAAGGGAGCAGGAAGUCCCCCAGUUCGACUUUGCCGUCCCCAUCGGCCCGCGGGUACAGGAGUCGUACCGCUUCGAGAUCGAGCACCCAACGGCCGCCCCGGCCAUCAGAUAUCUCCACGGCAUCCCGACCGCCCGCCACCUGGCAGCCCUGGGCCGCGGGAUACAGCACCAUUCCGUGGCCGGCUUCAACACCCUGACGGAUGCGUACGGCCGCGUGGCGGAGACCUACACCACGGCUGCCGAGAACAUCCAGCCGGCCCUCCGCAUCGGCUGGGAGGUGGCGGCCGACGUUGUGGAAGAGGCGAGGGGGCUCCGGGAUGCUGCGCAGGAGCAGUGGCGGGAGUGGUAUCCGUGGCUGGACCGCAUGUUCGAGGCGACCGCGACCGGUCCGGGACGUCCACGGCGUGGUAGUAUGAUGAGAUGA